CCCCGUCUGUCCCCCCGUCUGUCCCCCCAUUCCCACUAACGCCGUUUGUCCCCUCUCGUGCCCGUCCGGUCUGUGCCGUGUCCGGUGCCCGCUCCGGGCUGGGUUUCCGGCCCGAUCCCGGUGUUUGCUCAGGGAAUUGGCAGCGGCUGCGGCCUGCGGGGGUCACCCGGGGGUCCCCGCUGCUGACGUCCGUCCCCGGCCCUGCCUGGUGGCCCCGGUGUCCCCAGGGGCGCUGUGUCCCCCCUCCAGCCCGGUGCCGGUGCCGGGGUUUGGGCGCCCCGUCUGCGUCACCGGCUGUUUGCGGGGGUAUAAAGCGGGGCCCGGCACAUCCCGGAGCAUCCAGGGGCGCAGCCGGCACCGGGAACAUGGAAAACGCUCGGCUCUGCCUGCUCUGCCUGCUGGGCUCCGGCCUCAUCCUGCUCGGUACCCCCGAACCGGUACCGGGGCUCCGGCCCGCCCUGAGCCCGCCCGGGCACAGCCGGGAGGAGACGGAGCUGGUGGAGGUGCUGCAGGAGGUGCUGGACAAGCUGCGGACGCGGGAGCCGCCGGCGCUGGAGAAGAGGCUGAGCUGGGUGCCCUGGGUAGGGCGGGGCUGGGGCUCGCCCGGAGGCUUCGGGGGGACCCCAAACCCCCCCGUUGUGUGGGGGUGCAGCCCCGGGGCUGACGGUGCCGCCCCGCAGUGCGAGCCCCGGGAGCCGUGCGCGGUGCGGCGGGGGGCGCGCAUCGGGAAACUCUGCAGCUGCCCCCGCGGAACCUCCUGCAACCUCCUCAUCCUCAAGUGCUCCUGAGGCUCCGGGGACACCGGGGGACACCGGGGACACCGGGGGACACCGGGGACACCGGGGGACACCAGCUGCCACCCGCCUGCGCCCCGGGCACGGGAGGGAGGGAGGGGGAGCCACGGGCCCCCAGCCCCUCCCCGCACCGGGAUGGAUUCCGGGAUUCCGGGAUUUUGCACCGGGAUGGAUCCGCAGCAGCGCCGGUGCCCCGGCCCGGGGGCUGGCGGUGUCCAGGGAUGCAUUAAACCAUCGGAUCCGCGCCUGCUGCCUGCUUUUUUUGGGGGGAUUUUGAGGUUCUCAGCCCCUUCUGGCGCCUCCUGAGGGCCGGGGGUGUUUCCUGCUGUGGGUUCACGUCGGGAGUGUGAGAUUGGGGCAGGGAUGAGGGGCUGGGAGUGGAAAUGGGGACGCUGCGGGAACCGGCGGGGAGCCGAGUCCGGGAUCCGCGGGAUGCGGGGGCUCAACAGCCCGGCC